CGAAAGCUUCUUCUAUUCCGUCCACAACCAUUUGAACAAUUUGACCUAAGACACUUGAAAUAUAGAAUUGGCGCCUUUAGGCGGGUCGCCCAAGGUCGCUGGAACGGAUAGCAGUGCUACUAGUCAAACUCAGUGAAUAUGAGAGAUCUGAAGAAAGAUGAGUUCGAUAAAGUUGUAGCCAAACUACAGAAAUAUAUUAAAGAUGUCGAUGAAUUAUUAAACAGACCAGACGACAAGUACAAUUUCUACUACCAUCGUGAUCGUGUCUUUUAUUGCCGUUCAACGCUCGCAAAACACGCAGCAUCAAUCAAGAAAAAACAUUUGCUAAGCUUUGGAACUUGUAUUGGUCGCUUCUCGAAAACAGGCAACUUUAAACUCCACAUAACUGCUCUCGACUUCUUAUCACCGUAUGCCAUGUUUCGUGUAUGGUUAAAAGCAUCUGCUGAACAGCAGUUUCUUUAUGGACAAAAUGUUUUGCGAUCAGGUGUCGCUAAGAUGUCGGACAACACUCCACAGUACGCCGGUGUUGUUGCGAUGAACAUGAGUGAUAUGCCUCUAGGUUUCGGGGUUGCUGCCAAGUCAUCUCUGCAAGUAAAAAACACUGAUCCCAUGACAAUAGUCCUCUUUCACCAAGCCGAUAUUGGGGAGUAUAUUCGAUCGGAAGAAACUAUCGUCUGAAAUACAUGAAUAACAUUACUUAAUACUGAUUUGUUCUGUUCGUAUAUAAACUUUCUUUGAACACCAAGUUGUUAGCUAAAUGGCUUUAAAAUGACGAAAACGUUACUUGGAGACCAUGCUAUCUUGUUUAAGACAGGAGGUAUGUAUACACAACUGUUCAGGUGUAGGUUUAUGGGUCGCUAGUUUCAAAUAUUUGCCUUCCAUACUCAUCGGGGUUUUUAUUAGCAUUUACUUUCCUCAUUCAGGCCAAUAUUAUGUGCCACUUCAAAAUGAUCCAGUUGCAAGUGUGCUCCUCUUUGUACUUAAAAAAAUUAUUGUUAGUGAGAUUCCUC